AAGUAUUUUAAGAGAAAAAAAUAAAAAAAAUUCAUGGCCGAACGCCUUAUUAAGUUUCCAGGAGGAAACUAUAGCCUGUGGCUAUAUAUAUCUACCUGCUUCAGUGACCUCCGUAUAUUCACUAAAACAAUCCUUACAUUCUUCCAUAUAUACAAUUCAUCAAAAUUAUUUAUCCAUGAAUACUCCAUUACUUCGAGGAGAAUCAUCUACUUCUUCUUCCCAAACUAAAUGGAGCUACGAUGUCUUUCUGAGUUUUAGAGGUGAAGAUACACGCAAUAACUUCUCUGGUCAUCUUUACACCCGAUUGUGCCAUGUCGGAUUUAAAACCUUCAUAGAUGAUGAGGAAUUGAGAAAAGGAGACGUCAUUUCAACCAAACUUGAGAAAGCAAUUGAAGAGUCUAGGAUUUCUAUUAUUGUUUUCUCAAAAAGUUAUGCAUCGUCUAGUUGGUGUCUUGGUGAACUUGUCAAAAUUCUCGAAUGUAAAGACAAGUUAAAGCAAAUAGUUUUGCGUAUUUUCUAUGAUGUUGAUCCUUCUCAUGUGCGAAGACAAACUGGGGAAUUUGGUAAAACUUUCGCUAUGCUCAAGGAACGAUCAUUCACAGCUGAAAGAGUGGAGAAAUGGAGAGCUGCACUAACUGAAGCUGCAAAUUUAUCUGGAUGGGAUUCGCAAAAUGUUGCUGGCGGGCAUGAGUCAAAAUGUAUUGAAAGUAUUAUAAAACAAGUUCUGCAAGAGGUUAACCAGACAUCUCUAGAUGUUGCUCGUUACCCAAUUGGAUUAGAUUCUCGUAUUGAAGAUAUAGAGUUUUUACUGCAAAGUGGAUGGUAUACAUGGCAUUGGUGGAAUUGGAAAAACUUUGGCAAAAUCUGUCUUCAAUCGACUAUUUCAACAGUUUGAUAGUAGUUGCUUCCUUUCAGAUGUUGGAUCAAAAGUUAAAGAAUUGGGUCUAGUCAAGGUACAAGAGAAACUACUACAUCAAAUCCUCAAUCUAAUCAAAGCAAGACUUGGGUCGAAGAAGGUUCUAAUU